AUAUACCUGUAUUUCUAGCUGCAAAUCGUGGAGAGUUUUAGCCACCGUUGACACCGUUCCAACACCGAGAUGAGGAGACGACAUAUUCACGCGAUUUGCACAAUGUAUAUUGCCAAAACUAAACAAUCUCUAUUGCAUACAAUAACACAUAAACAUUCUCAACAAAACAUCCUGUUUCAGGAGUUAUAUUUACCCCUCUAUCUUGCAAAAUUUUCACAUUUGCAAAGGUUUUUCGCAAAGCCUUUUCUCCACAUGACUAAAAUCUUAUUUUUGAAAAAUACCAUUUUUGAUCCUCUCCCCAGACUCCUACUAGCAUCGCGGUCAUACACUGAGCUCUAUAUAAAAUUGGAAUAAUAGUAUCAAGAAUAUCAGCCAUUUGUGAAAGUUUUAUAAAUUUGCCAAAAUAUCACUGUAUUUCUGAGAUUUGAAUGAUCUUUCAAUGUGUAGUUGUUAAUAUAACAUGUCUCGACAAAAUUCAGCAAGGGCUGAUGGCAAAAAAGUUGUAAGUUUUUGUGUGCUUUUAUAUAUACAUUUUAUAAAAUAUUGAAAAUUAAAUUGUAGUUAAUGUAGUGUAUAUAUAUCCUCAUAUACAAAAUCUGGGCAGCUGAUGGUAGUGGUCUGACAGAAAUGUUGACAUUUACAGUAUAAGAGCAAGAAAAUUAACCUAAAUCUUACCCGUUUGCCAUAAAGACUGCUACAUAUAAUGAAAUAACGUCGUCUCAAUUUGUGUUGCUUCUUAGAGUUCAGAAUUGUUCACAUUGACCUAUGGUGCAUUGGUUGCCCAGCUCGUCAAAGACUUUGAGAGCGAUGAAGCUGUCAAUAAAAAGUUAGAUGAAAUGUAAGAUAUAUAGAAUGCCUUUAGAAAUAAAUAAUUUUAACAUGAACUCAUCGAUUAAUGUCUGUAUAUUUCGUUAACAAUUCCUUAUCAUUUAUGUGCACAUGAAGUACCUAUUUUUUCAUUAUUUUGAACAACAGGGGAUAUAAUAUUGGCGUGAGGUUGAUUGAAGACCUCAUUGCAAAAGGGAAUGUUGGCAGAUGUCAUGACUUGAGAGAGACCGCUGAUAUUAUAGCCAAGGUUUGACAUUCUGUACGUUUUCAGCACAUGAAAAGAAAUAUUAUUUGGCCAGCCUGCUGGUUGGUUUGCCAAUCAGCUAGGGUACUUGGUCAAUUAGUCAGGAAUUAGCAGAGUUUUCAAUAAGAAUAAUUGUAAUAGUGGGCUGCGCUUCAAAAAUAGGUGUCUGCUCUCAGACAAAAUACAAAUUGUAUAACUUUUUUCCAGUUUCGGCCAGAUCCGGUUCUAGCCGGAACUUUAAAAAUUGGUUUUGGUGCACCCCUACGACAAAUAAAUAUUAGCCUCCAUUAGAGGCCAACCAACAAAAUAAUUAGCCUCCAUUAGAGGCCAACCAGCCAAAUUCAUUCUUUAAUACAAUUUUUCCCUGCCUGUUUAGUUGGGUUUCAAAAUGUUCCUCGGUGUCACCCCUGUAGUGACAAAGUGGAGUACAGCAGCAGACGAAUUCUCUCUAAUACUAGAGAACAAUCCUUUGGCAGAGUUUGUCGAGUUGCCAUCAGGACAUGAGAAUCUCAAUUAUUCCAAUAUUCUGUGUGGUGUGCUGAGAGGUGCCUUGGAAAUGGUAUGUCAUAUUAUGUUGAGAUAAGCCUAGUUUUUUAAUAUGAAUAAAAAUGAAACUAGUUCUUUCUAAUAGCCAUCAAAUACAAGCUUAUUACAUAUAAUGAAAAAAAUUAACUGGUACAUUACCUUCUUGUAACUGUCACUUGACAAUCAUCUGUUGCAUCAUGACCCACCUAUGAGUUUCUUCCAUUUUUAGAAAAUUUUCUCCUUGCAUCAAAAAAAAAAUUUCUCCUUGCAUUUCUCCUCCACCAACUCAACAUCACACUUGUUCAUUCUCUCACUCUUGUAAUUUUUCUUCAGGUCCAAAUGGAGGUGGAAAUUAGUUUUGUUCAAGAUGCACUUCGUGGUGAUGAUACAACAGAAUUAAGAGUAAAAUUUAUCAAAAGACUUGAAGAUGCAAUACCUGCAGGGGAAGAAUAACAUAUAAAAACUACUUUACAAAAGCAACUUACAUAUUUUUUGGUUAAUUUGAAAUAACAAUUAGAUGUGCUAGUAUGUACAUUAUAUAAUUAUUUAACAAAAGACUGUAAUUAAAACAUACUAAUACUUAAGAAAAACUGCUGAAGGAAUACUUACACAAAGUUGUCUUCACAUUACCACUGCUUUUGUUACUGUUUUUGCUCAAGCUUUUUCAAAUAACUGCUAUCUAUCUGCACUUCAACGUGUUACUAACAGAAUCUUUGUGAAAAUAUAGUUUACAGCAUUUUGAUACAAUAAUAAAGUCACACUCUUGUAAACAUGAGAUUUCUAGGAGCAGGGGUGAAACUUCAGUAUUACACUCAUUCCAUUAAAUACUUCUUUAUUGCAUUGCAAAAUUCUAGGGAAGUAGAGUGUAGUAACAAGAACAACAAAACUGCACCAACUUUCAAUACAAGCUGAUUUUACCUAGAAAUGUUUAGUAUUGUUAUUUAUUUUAAAUCAUUCAUGAUUUCUGAUUGGCUAACAGCCAACUGUGAAAUUGUCAUAUGAACUCAAUAACUGACCAAAUGUGGAGUUUUGACAUAAUAUUUAACAGAGUGACAUCAUAACGUUGAUAUGAAAAAUAUUAAACACAUGACGUCAUGUCAAUGACGACUGCCGAAGGAGUGAAGAAUUGUCACAACACAAAUGGUUUCCUACAACUGAUUGCUGUUUCAUCUUUAAUUAUUGAAUUCGGUUUUUGUAUGAUAUGAUCAACCUCAUUCAAUUUAUAUCAUGUUUAACCUGAUUCAAUAAUUGUUAAAUUCUUUUAGAAAUCCAAUAUGCGUCGAACACAGUCUCUCGCAGACGUUCUUAUAGCUCUAACCCUCGCUGCGAGGGAGACUACGUUGAACACUGUUUUGCAAUUUUGUUGCUUGUAUUAUUUCAUCUUACAAUUUAAUGCCCAUGAUUUUGAUAAAUACAUAACUUGUGCUAAACUGAUAUUUUAUACAACACUAUAUUUACAAAAUGUUACCAUUACCAAAUACGAACGGAUAAAAUUCAUCUCCCAAACAAAAUCAGGGGUGUAUAUUCUUCUAUAAUUCUCCCCCAGGGGGGAAGGAAUCAGUCUUAGGGCCAGGGAAGAAAUUCAAAGAAGAGUGAAAAAAGCUGAAAAAGAAAGGAAGGGAAAGAAAGAGGGAAAGGAAAAUGAAGAGAAAGGACAAGGGAUGAGAUUAGAAAGCAGAAGAAGUGAGAAAACUUGGGGAUCAGCUCAUAUUAUGUUGGCUAGGAGGGGGAGGGGUAUAGACAUUUCUAUGGGUAUAGAUGAAGAAUGACUCUUUAUGGCAAGAGGUUAUUGGAGUAAUCAUGCUUUGAAUAGGGAUGACGGUGCCUAUUUGCCAGAGGAAUAUAUGCAUCUCAUUGGCAGGUGACGUCAUCCCUUGGGUAUUUAAGAAGCCAGGAUUGCAAUUUUAGAUCACCCUGAUGAAGACACUAGACUGGAGUGUCGAAACGUUGGGUCUUGAUUACAAUUCGACUGGACUUUGUAAUCAUUUAUUUAAAACAGAGUAGCGAGCGAAACAUGAUAAUGUCAAUGGUUAAAUAAAAUUUUAAAAAGGUGAAUAUAUAUUAAUGUUUGUGAAACUAAAAACGUUUGUUGAAAGAUGAACAUAAUUUAGAGAGAGGAGUACUUUUAAGGAUAACAUCUCUAGUUAAUAUGUCAAUAAUCGAUUAUUUUGUUGUGCUGUUUAUCAUUGAGAUGCAGAAGUUCUAAAUAAACUGAAAAAUUUGUUGUCAAAAUCAGCAUUGUAACAUAAUUUUUCUACCUUGUACCAAACUUUUUUUCAAAAAUAAUUCUUUAAAUUGAUUGAAAAUUACUGGAAUAGUAAUGGUAGAACCCAGACUCCGCUGCCGCGCCCAAAUUUCUUCAAGGAUACAGGAAGAAAAUGAAAGCUGAAGAUAAAGGGGGGGGGGAUCAAAGGUCAUUGAAGAAUAUACACCCCUGAACAAAAUUGAAAAAAUUCAUUUUUUCAACAAAAUGAAUUAGUCAAAAUUCAACAAAAUUUCACCAUCCACCGGAUCUGCGCUUUAUGCGAAAUAAUUUUCUACACAGUCUAUGCGUAGCAUUCUCUUUAUAAAUAUAUAUUAAUGUAAUUCUAAUAUUUUAUUGCAUAUCACCUGUCUUUUAAACUUUCUGCUUUCGCUUGUAAUUCGAGGAUCACGUUUAUGAUGCAGUGGCGUUUUGUUGCCAUCUCAUCUUGCGGGAACCAAGAGCGAAGUUCAAUAGGGGUUUUGUAGUCUUCUAUUGGAUGC